AUGUCUUCUAUUGCGACUCUAAAAGAAGCGGAAGAUCUUGCAAAGACCUCUCCAGAAAAAGCCGAGCUGCUAUAUACGAAUAUACUGGCACAGAAUGCCGGCAACGACGAGACUGUGAUCAGGCAACAAGAACAAGCUCUCGUAAAAUUGGGCGAGCUUUACCGUGAUCACAGAAAAGCUGAACAGUUAUCGCAAUUGAUUCGAUCUUCACGGACGUUUAUGUCUUCGAUUGCAAGAGCAAAGACGGCAAAAAUUGUAAAGACGCUUAUUGGUCUCUUUUCCGAGAUACCGAAUACACUUCCUCUCCAAAUCGAGAUAUGCAAAGAAAUAAUCCAAUGGAGCAUCGAAGAGAAGCGCAUAUUUCUAAAACAGUCUUUGGAAACGCGUUUGAUAGCCUUAUAUCUUGAUAACAAAAUGUAUCACGAUGCUCUCACUUUGAUCAAUUCGUUGCUAAAAGAACUUAAACGUCUCGACGAUAAGAUGGUUUUGGUGGAAGUUCAAUUACUGGAAAGCCGAGUGUGUCACGCUCUUCGCAAUUUACCUAAAUCAAGGGCGGCACUCACGUCAGCAAGAACGACUGCGAAUGCUAUCUAUUGUCCGCCCCUUCUUCAAGCAGCUCUGGAUAUGCAAUCUGGUAUUCUGCAUGCCGAGGAUAAGGAUUAUAAGACAGCUUAUUCAUAUUUUUAUGAAACACUUGAAGGAUACUCUUCUCAAGAUGACCCCAGGGCAAUUUUGGCAUUGAAAUAUAUGCUUCUUUGUAAAAUUAUGCUGAACUUGUCGCAAGAUGUGCAUGCCAUCAUUCAUGGCAAGCUUGCCCUUCGUUAUGCUGGGCGCGAAGUUGAUGCAAUGAAAGCAGUCGCCACUGCCCAUCAAAAUCGUUCACUCAACGAAUUCGAAAAGGCUCUAGCGACAUAUAGAGACGAAUUACAGAAUGAUCCUAUCAUUCGUUCGCAUCUCAACGCACUCUAUGAUACAUUGCUUGAACAAAAUCUUGUUCGUAUCAUAGAACCAUUCUCAAGAGUAGAGAUAUCGCACGUAGCAGAGAUGGUGAAGCUGUCGACUGGACAGGUCGAGACAAAGUUAUCGCAGAUGAUAUUAGAUAAUGUCUUCCACGGAAUUUUAGAUCAAGGAGCCGGAUGCUUGAUUGUGUUUGAUGGGCUACCGCAAGACAAAACUUAUGAGGCUUCUCUGGAAACUCUCAAACAAAUGGGAAAUGUUGUCGAGUCGUUGUAUGAAAAGGCUGCUAAAUUAUCUUAG